AUGGCUCAGUUUCCGGCUGAUAUGGAGCGUGUAUUCACCGCGUAUAUUGGGGUGCAACAUCACGAGGCCCAAAGCGAUAUGGGAUCGCAUACUGAGGGCGUUCACGAGGCGGUUGAGAGCAUACAGCGAUGGAUGGUCGAGGAUCCAUCCAGUGCACCUGUGUCAAUUGAACAAUUCCUGGUUGUUGACGGAGAUGAUGUGCCUAACUCCACAGUUUGGGUGUGCUACUGGGAUGAGGCGAGCAAGUAUGAAGACAGUAUACGACGCUUAAGCCUUUUGGACAUACACCAGCAAUUAAACGCUCCUCAUCGGCAGUCUGUUGGCUUAUGGUGUGAACGAUUCACAAGCCAUCUGUCGCGUGUUGAGACCAACUAUUCAGGCCUCGACUAUCUCCCAGGACUGGCGCGCUUGCCCGGAGUGUCGACCGUAGAGCAUACUCUGACUGCAUAUUGGGGGGCUGCCCGCGAUCGUAUCCCAGCCUCGGCCACAGAUCGGUUUGCCAAGGGACAAGAACCGGAAAAGACGCAGUUGGCACCAGAGACUACCUCUCAGCGUGAGACACGAAGUCAUCACGUAGUAGGCACUAAUCCGGACAACCUCGUUCACAUCCGCUCGGGCCAAUUCUGGGCCGAUUGCGCAGAAGACGAAGCCAAAGCAUACGAGGAGACGCUGGAGCCUACCCUGCGAGCUGGAUUGGCAUAUCUAUGGGAUAAUCCCCAAAAGAGUGGCGCCAUGGGGCUGCGGUAUCUCUACAAUCGUCCACUCACUGCUCGGGCCCUGGGGAAGAUGCGCGAGACUAAAGAGUCCUGCGUGGCUGGAUUCUUUCGCAACCUUGCAGACCUCGAAUACUGGGCCAAGUCGCACCCUUCCCACUUGGCCAUCCAUACUGGAGCCAUAAAGCAUGCAAAGAAGUUCGGAGACCAGCGCAAGUUCCGCACCUGGCACGAAGUUUCAGUGCUGAAGCAAGGCGAGGCACAUUUUGAGUAUAUCAACUGCGUGGGGAGAACAGGUGUCAUCCAGGGGAUGUCACUUGAAUUUGUAUAG